CAUGGCUACCGGCGUCAUUUGAUCCUGCCUCUGGCUCUUUAAAGGAAUGAAGGAUGAACUUAGUGAAUGGGGACCAGGAACUGUGUUCUGUGGACGAGAGAACAUUAAACGAGCGCGAGCGAGAAUGAGCGCCUCGCAGCAGCAGGUCGCGUUCAGAAAGCAGCGCGAGUGAGAGUGAAAGGGUGAGAAAGUGAAGGAGCUCGGAGGUCUCAGCCCUGCAGCCGCGAUGUGAUGAUGUGCCGGCUGGAGAAGCGGAGCGAGAGCGAAUAGAGAAAGGACAGUCGUAAGUUGCAGAAAAAGCCAUGCUAGGAAAAGAUGUGGGGAUUCUAAAAGAGGGAUUGUAUGGAGAGAUCAUCCUUUUCAUUCAAAGGUUGGUACAGUGGUCUGUGGGCACAGAUGGCAGAGGUGAUGGAGGGUGGUGCAGUGGGUGCAGUGGUGACUGUGUCCGGUGCCAGUGUGGAUUGGCAGAAGAGAUGUGUCGCUCUGGAGAUGCAGCUGCUCCGCUUCCGACUGCAGGCGGGCAAAAUCCGGCAGCUACUGGCUGAGAAGAUGCAAGAGCUGGAGCAGAGAGUGACCGAGGCUGACCAGCGGGCUGAGAAUGCUGAGAAACAGGUACAAAUAAUGGAAGAGAAGCUUAAAUCAGCAAAUGUGCAACCCAGCGAAUCAGAAAGCUCCUUAUACAGACGAUAUCAAGAGCUGACCAGUCAGAUGCAGGAGAAAGAUGUGAUGAUGAAGAGACUUGAAACACAGCUGGAAAAACAGAGUCUGGUUCGGGCCCAAGAAGCCAAGAUUAUAGAGGAGAAGGCAGCCAAAAUCAAAGACUGGGUCACAUUCAAGUUAAGAGAAAUGGAGAUAGAGAACCAGCAGUUAAAAAUGGCCAACCUGAAGCAGGCGGAGCAGAUUGUCCUACUCCAGGACAAGCUCCAAACUCUGCUGGAGAGACCCACGUCUCCUGCUUCUCCCCGGUCUCCAGUGCUUGAUGCUCACCUGGUUCCUUCCAGCCCUCUGCACCCCCCCAGCUGCCCUGGAACACCCCCAAUACAGGAUGAGGGCUGGAGACUGACAGGCUCACGCAUGCCUUUGUCCAGUUUUACUACAGAUGCUAAGCGGAAGGCUGUGGAUGGUUUAGACUCUCCUUACCACACUGCACCCAAACACCUGCCUUUACAUGACAGAGGAGACAGUUCUCUGAAGCCUGGCCUGGACAGAGGUGAUCCUAUAGCAACAGAAGAGCAAGAUGGGCUAGAGCCUUCUGUGGCUGUGCCCCGGGAGAGGGGAACUGGAGGAGGUUCGGACAGAGACCACUCCUCUGACGAGCUCAACAGCAAGUUCCGCUCUCAGCGCCUUCGCUCUUCUUCCUCAUCAUCUUCCUCUUCCUCCUCUGCCUAUGAAACCACUGGCCCUAGUGGCUUUGACACACCUACCCCAACUCCCAAAAGCCCUCUCCCUAUGUGUAUCCCUUCCUCUGUGGGCCGUGGUCCUCAGUCAGGCACCAGUAUGACUUUGCCCAAAGUGCGCACCCCUCUGACACCCCGGGACAGCAUCCAACUGGUAAAGAAGCACCACAGUCAGCCCCAGCCAGGCCUGGAGCGCCUCCACCAAGUCAACGUAAGCAUAGAUAUUGGAUCCUGCCUAGCCUUGUCAUGCCGCAGCCUGGCCCCAGCUUCUGUAUCGACACCGGGAGUGGAGGAGACUGACAUUGAUGAAGGACCGCCCGAGAGCAUGGAGGGGGUGGUGGAAGGGCCAGCUGCAGAAACUGUGCCCCAUGAUGGAGUCUCGUUUGUGGGAUUGGCUGAGGAGCUGGAGAUGCUUGAUACGGAGGCUUUGAAACCACCAACACCACCUCUGCACCGCUUUCCUUCCUGGGAGAGCCGCAUCUAUGCAGUGGCAAAAUCUGGCAUGAGAGUGUCUGAGGCAAGCCCUGGAGCCAGAAGUACAGGGAGAGUAUCCACUCUGCCUCAGUACCCUGCAGCUGGUCCUUUCACACAUCUCAUCUACAAGAACAUCAGUGUGCCGGUCUACUCCACACUCAAAGGGAAAGCCACUCAGAUCAGUAGUGUUCCUCUCCCUGAUGAUGACUCAGGUUCAGAGGAUGACAGCAGCUCGCUGGCCAGCCUGCGCACAUCAGCAGUGGGGCCAGAGAGAAAGGGCAGCACCCCUGGAAGCCCUCGUGCUGUGAAGAGAGGGGUGUCUAUGUCUUCUGUCAGUUCAGAAAGCGAUUAUGCCAUCCCUCCAGAUGCCUAUUCACUGGACAGUGACUACUCUGAGCCUGAGCAGAAAGUACAGCGCACUUCAUCAUACUCCUGCGAGAGCGUUGGACCUGAGACUCUAGAGAAGUCAGGCUAUCUGCUGAAGAUGGGCAGCCAGGUGAAGGCAUGGAAGAGGCGCUGGUUUAUCCUGAGGAAUGGAGAAAUCCUGUAUUUUAAAUCUCCAAGUGACGUGAUCCGAAAGCCUCAGGGCCAGAUUGAGCUCAACUCUUCCUGUCGUAUAGCCCGCGGAGAGGGAGCACAGACAUUCCAGUUAAUCACAGAAAAGAAGACAUUCUACCUGACUGCAGACUCCCCCAACAUCCUGGAGGAGUGGAUCAGAGUUCUCCAGAGCAUUCUUAAAGUCCAGGCCAGCGGACCCAUCUCAGUAGAGACGCAAACUAAGCCCACAGUUCGGGGCUGGCUGACUAAGGUUAAACAUGGCCAUUCAAAGCUAGUGUGGUGCACUUUAAUAGGGAAAGUUUUCUACUAUUACCGCAACCAGGACGACAAGUUCCCAUUGGGCCAGCUCCGUGUGAGAGAGGCACGAGUGGAGGAGGUGGACAGGUCAUGUGACUCUGAUGAAGAUUAUGAAGCAGGAGGGCGUGGCUUUCUUUCUUCUCACUGUACACUGGUGGUCCAUCCCAAAGAGCAAAGCCCCACCUACCUGCUCAUUGGCACCAAGCAAGAAAAAGACACCUGGCUGUACCACUUGACAGUGGCAGCAGGCAGCUGUGCUAGUCUUAAAGUGGGUACAGAAUAUGAGCAGCUGAUCGGCAAACUGCUGGAUUCGGAUGGAGACCCAGACUCUUCACUGUGGAAACACGAGGUGCUGUGCUUCAGUAAGGACGGCCUGCGAUCACCUCUGACCACUCUGCCCUCGGAGGCACUUCAAACAGAGGCACUCAAACUCUUUAAGUCCUGUCAGCUAUUCAUCAAUGUUCUGGUGGAAGCGCCCUCCAUAGACUACCACACCUCACUGGCCCAGAGUGCACUACAGGUCUGUCUGACACACACUGAGCUGCAGAAUGAGAUGUACUGUCAGCUCAUCAAGCAGACCAACUGCCGCACGCCCAGCAACUACUCUCUCACACAGUGUUGGCAGCUGUUAUCGGUAUGUGUGGCCCUUUUCCUGCCCCAGCAUCACUUCCUUUGGUACCUGAGGCAGUACCUGCAGAGAAAUGCUGAUCCCAAAAGUGAAGUGGGGAAGUAUGCAGUGUACUGUCAGCGGUCAGUAGAGAGAGCGCUGCAGAAUGGAGAGCGAGAGGCCAAGCCUUCUCGUAUGGAGAUUGUGUCUAUUCUGCUAAGAAACCCGUACCAUCACUCACUACCUUUCAGCAUACCUGUCCACUUCAUGAACAAUACCUACCAGGUGGUGGGGUUUGAUGGUUCCACAACAGUGGAGGAAUUUGUGAACACGCUGAACCAAAGAGCAGGCAUGAGGAAGCCUCAGCUCUCUGGCUUCGCCCUCUUCACCGACGACCCCUCAGGAAAAGACCUGGAGCACUGCCUGCAGCCUGCUGCCAAGAUAUGUGAUGUGAUCUCAAAGUGGGAACAGGCCCUGAAAGAACUGCAACCUGGGAAGUAUGAGGGGACACGCAUUGUUCGUUUAACAUACAAAAGCAGGCUGUGGUUCCGAGCACAGGCGAAAGGGGAAACUGAGAGAGAGCGCCUCCUGCUGGCAUAUCAAGUGAAUGAAGAGGUGCAUCAAAGCCAUUUUCCUGUCAACAAGGAGUUGGCCCUGGAGGUGGCAGCGUUAAUGGCCCAGGUGGAACAUGGGGACUUGGAUCGAACACCUGCAUCUCCCAGCGGCUCUCCCCAGUCUAAGAUCCAACAGAUACUGCUGCAGGUUCUGGAACGGUUCUAUCCCAAACGCUACAAACAAGACUGCAGCAUGGAGCAACUCAGGGAGCUGGCUGAGCGGCUGGCCGCUAAGUGGUCUGUUCUGCGGGGUUGCUCUGCUGCCGAAUGUGUGAGGAUCUAUUUGACUGUGGCUCGCAAAUGGCCCCUGUUUGGAGCCAAACUAUUCAGUGCCAAACCAGUGCCUCCCUCUGCGUUACAGCAGACACAAGUGUGGCUUGCUGUCAGCGAGGAUGGGUUAAGUGUGUUAGAUUACUCCAUGCACCUGUUGGUCACUUACCCAUACCAGUCAGUGAUCACCUUUGGAGGGUGCAAGGAGGACUUCAUGGUGGUGGUCAGCCAGACUAAAGACCAGGCUUUGGGGAAGAGGACUGUGGACAAGCUUGUUUUCGCGAUGGCUAAACCAAAGAUCUUAGAAUUGACUCUGCUGAUGGCCAGCUAUAUCAACUACUGGACGUCAGGCCUUCCAACAGCUGUGAAUCAGACGCAGCCCUCCGCACUGGCGUCUCGAGGAGACAGGAAGCUGUGGGACAUUGACAGCAGACACUUCCCCUCAAUGACAUACACAACCAAAGGCCCCACACUUUUGUGAGGGCUUAACAGUUCCGAUAACAGACACUCCAAACAUGUCCACAGGGUACUGAGAGAGCUAAAGCCGAAGAUUUCCUCUGUCUUGCGUAAACACCCUCUGGUGGUCAUCAUGGUCUUUACGCAGUAUUUGCAAUUGCACAGACCUCAAACUUCUGAGUGGGGAGUGGGAUGAAAAGCCAGAACAUGAAUUAUUUUUGUCAUUCAUCACGUGAAAAGAUCAAAUACUUGCAAAAAAAGGACAAGCAGUCCUUUUAUUUAUAAGCUACACAUUCCUUAGACCUUUACUGUGAGCCGCGCUGCGAGUGGGAUUUCAGGGUCACGCAGCCCCUCUACUCCUAGCUUCCUCUCUUUCCUACCACUUCUCUACUCAAUUAAGAUGGAAAAGAGGUUUUGCCAGUGCCUGAAAAGGGAGAGUACAGACCACUAGCAAAGGUACUUUGCUUAAAAUAUUGGCCGAGGCAUAAAGGAAGAAGACAGUAUGUAAAUCAUUAAUGCUUUUAACAAGGGCUUCUAGCUGGAGUUCUGUGCCCCUUUUUAAAAUUCUGCUUUGAUUUUCUUAGCUGAUUUUCUUACCUCUGUUUUGCAUUAUUUUUUAUUUUUAAGUUUUUUUGUUUUUUUUUGGUUGUCUAUUUGAAUAGUUUAUUUACCCGAGUCUGUCUCAAUAUUUGUACCAUUUCAUGUACAUUUCUACACCUUAUAUUUAAAAUUUCAAGUACAAAUAGUUAUGUGGAGACAACUUUUUGAUUAAAGUAGCAUGGAAAUUUUACAAAAUUAAACCACAAAAAUUUUGGGUCUGGAUGACUGCAAACAUUGGCACUUCUGUUCCCUUAUAACUGAAUUAUUACCCAUAAUUAACUGAAUUAAUAUUUAGUUAAUUCAAUUAUUCUCACUGACAUCAACUAUUAUUCUUAUUUUUAAAAAAAAGAACAUUACAUUUUUAAUUUUCAUCCCUUAAAAUGAAAUGAAAUGGAACAGACUCUGAUGAACAGACUACUUUGGUUGCCAUUCACCACUGUUACAACCAUGCAUUGGAAAAUGUGGAUUUUUUUCUGGUCAAGAAAGUACAGAUCUAUUAUACAGCACAGUCACAAAUCAAACAUGUUUACACCUGUUUAAAUCUGUAAUGGCAACUGUUGACAGGGCUGUAGCAUAGAAUAAUGGGACAUAUUACAACAUGCUGCGCUGAUAUGAAGACUUUAAGAAGGAGACGUUGAUCUUCUGAUGUGCUUAUGUAGAAAUUAAUCUGCAAAAGAGCUAUCAAAUUAUUGAGUGACUUGAAUUGUUCUAUGGAUCAAACCACUGUCUGAGUUUUAGGUAUUUAUUUUGUUUUCAUAACAUUGCUGCUUUUAGUGAAAAACAGCUUGCUUUUCUAAGCCAGUCCUUGCUGCGUUUUCUUGAGCAGUUCCAAGAAGCUAAGGAAUAAUGCCUUCUUUUUCUGCAAAUAGGCUGUCCAUAGACAGAAACUAAGAGCGCUGUGAAGGCAUCAAAUCUUUCAUGCAUAAAUAAUUUGUGUGUUGAAAA